ACGCCGGGCGGGCGGCGGAGUAACCGGUGAAGUGUCAAAGAGGCAGGAGUGGAGGGCUGCGGGGGUGACAGGGUGUGGUCUGCCUGGAGCGGGCGACGCGAGAGAGCGGGGCAGAGGCCCGGGGCUGCGGAUGGUGCCGGGUGCGGUGAACAGCGCGCAGCCGAGCAGCGGCGAGGGUGUCCCGGGCUCGCCAAGUGCCCAGCUCCAAGCUGCGCCAGCGCCCUAGCGGACUGCGGGGCCCGGACACCUGCGAGUGAGGAGCAAGUGGCGCUCAGCCUCCCCGGCAAGUGCUAGAAGAACAACAAACCAUCAGGAAUAAAAAGUACCUUGGAAACCAGAGGCCAUCCCUAGACAUCAACAAAGGAAACAGCAGGAAUCAAAGGAGGAAAAGGCCGUAUCCACCUGGAGGAUCUCCAACCUGAGCAGAUGCCAGUUGACAUGGGAACUCUGAGGCCAGCAAUUUAAGGAUUUUCACAUUUGCUUGCAGCGGUUCUGCCAAGACAGAAUAAUCUCCAAGGUAGCUAAGUGGUGUUUGUGAGGAGGGGGAGCUCAGAUUUCUUCUUGGCCAACCAUGAGGUUCUUUCUGCUCUGGUUCUGCGUGCUGUUCCUUGUGGUCUCCAGGUUACGGGCGGUCAGCUUCCCUGAAGACGAUGAGCCCCUUAACACUGUUGACUACCACUAUUCAAGGCAAUAUCCGGUUUUUAGAGGACGCCCUUCAGGCAAUGAAUCGCAGCAUAGGCUGGACUUUCAGCUGAUGUUGAAAAUUCGAGACACACUUUAUAUUGCUGGCAGGGAUCAAGUCUAUACAGUGAACUUAAAUGAAAUCCCCAAAACAGAGGUCAUACCAAGCAAGAAGCUGACAUGGAGGUCCAGACAACAGGACCGAGAGAACUGUGCUAUGAAAGGCAAACAUAAAGAUGAAUGUCACAAUUUCAUCAAAGUGUUUGUCCCAAGAAAUGAUGAGAUGGUUUUUGUGUGCGGUACCAAUGCUUUCAACCCGAUGUGUAGGUACUAUAGGUUGAGUACCUUAGAGUAUGAUGGGGAAGAAAUUAGCGGCCUGGCACGAUGCCCAUUUGAUGCCAGACAAACCAAUGUUGCCCUCUUUGCUGAUGGGAAAUUAUAUUCUGCCACAGUGGCUGAUUUCCUAGCCAGCGACGCCGUCAUUUACAGAAGCAUGGGCGAUGGAUCGGCCCUUCGCACAAUAAAGUAUGAUUCCAAAUGGAUCAAAGAACCACACUUUCUUCAUGCCAUAGAAUAUGGAAACUAUGUCUAUUUCUUCUUCAGAGAAAUCGCCGUGGAACAUAAUAACUUAGGCAAGGCUGUGUAUUCCCGCGUGGCUCGAAUUUGUAAGAACGAUAUGGGUGGCUCACAGCGGGUCCUUGAGAAACACUGGACUUCCUUCCUAAAGGCCCGACUUAACUGCUCUGUCCCCGGAGAUUCCUUUUUCUACUUCGAUGUUCUGCAGUCCAUCACAGACAUAAUCCAAAUCAACGGCAUCCCCACCGUGAUUGGGGUCUUCACCACGCAGCUCAACAGCAUUCCCGGUUCCGCAGUCUGUGCCUUUAGUAUGGACGACAUUGAGAAGGUGUUCAAAGGGCGGUUCAAAGAACAGAAAACCCCAGACUCUGUUUGGACGGCAGUUCCUGAAGACAAAGUGCCAAAACCAAGGCCUGGCUGUUGUGCGAAGCACGGCCUCGCGGAAGCUUACAAAACCUCCAUCGACUUUCCGGAUGAGACCCUGGCUUUCAUCAAAUCCCACCCCCUGAUGGACGCUGCUGUUCCCCCCAUCGCUGAUGAGCCCUGGUUCACAAAGACACGGGUCAGGUACAGGCUGACGGCCAUCGAAGUGGAUCAUUUGGCAGGGCCCUACCAGAACUACACAGUCAUCUUUGUUGGCUCCGAAGCUGGCGUGGUGCUUAAAGUUUUGGCAAAGACCAGUCCUUUCUCUUUGAAUGACAGUGUGUUGCUUGAAGAGAUUGAAGCUUAUAACCAAGCCAAGUGCAGCGCAGAGAGUGAGGAGGACAGAAAGGUCGUCUCGUUACAGUUGGACAAAGAUCACCAUGCUUUAUACGUGGCCUUCUCUAGCUGCGUCGUCCGCAUCCCCCUCAGCCGCUGUGAGCGCUAUGGGUCCUGUAAAAAGUCUUGCAUUGCAUCACGUGACCCGUACUGUGGUUGGUUGAGCCAGGGAGUUUGCGAGAGAGUGACUCUUGGGAUGCUGCUGUUAACCGAAGACUUCUUUGCUUUCCAUAACCACAGCGCUGGAGGAUACGAGCAAGACACAGAGUACGGCAACACAGCCCACCUAGGGGACUGCCACGAAAGUUUGCCUACUUCAACUACACCAGAUUACAAAAUAUUUGGCGGUCCAACAUCUGACAUGGAGGUACCCUCAUCUUCUGUGGCCACUCUGGCAAGUAGCCCAGAAAUUACAUCUAAAGUGAUUGAUACCCGGAGACCUAAACUGACGAGCUCCCGGAAAUUUGUAGUUCAAGAUGACCCAAACACUUCUGAUUUUACUGAUACUAUAUCAGGUAUCCCAAAGGGUGUUCGGUGGGAAGUUCAGUCAGGGGACUCCAACCAGAUGGUCCAUAUGAAUGUCCUCAUCACAUGCGUGUUCGCAGCCUUUGUGCUGGGUGCAUUCAUUGCAGGAGUGGCUGUGUACUGCUACCGUGACAUGUUUGUCCGGAAGAACAGGAAGAUCCAUAAAGAUGCCGAAUCGGCCCAGUCGUGCACAGACUCCAGCGGGAGCUUCGCCAAGCUCAACGGUCUCUUUGACAGUCCCGUCAAGGAGUAUCAGCAGAACAUCGAUUCUCCUAAACUCUACAGCAACCUGCUGACCAGUCGGAAGGAGCUGCCCCCCAGCACAGAUACCAAAUCCAUGGUCAUGGACCAUCGAGGCCAGCCUCCAGAGCUGGCUGCGCUCCCCACACCGGAAUCCACACCCGUACUCCACCAGAAGACCCUGCAGGCCAUGAAGAGCCACUCUGACAAGGCCCAUGGCCAUGGUGCUUCAAGGAAAGAACAUCCCCAGUUCUUUCCUUCUAGUCCUCCACCCCACUCCCCGUUAAGCCACGGGCAUAUCCCCAGUGCCAUUGUUCUUCCAAAUGCCACUCAUGACUACAACACAUCAUUCUCAAACUCCAAUGCUCACAAAGCCGAAAAGAAGCUUCAGAGCAUGGAUCACCCUCUUAUGAAGUCGUCCAGCAAGAGGGAGCACCGGCGUUCUGUAGAUUCCAGAAAUACCCUCAAUGAUCUCUUGAAGCAUCUAAAUGACCCAAACAGUAACCCCAAAGCCAUCAUGGGAGAAAUCCAUAUGGCCCAUCAGACCCUCAUGCUGGACCCAGUGGGCCCUAUGUCUGAGGUCCCACCCAAGGUCCCCAACCGGGAGGCAUCUCUGUACUCCCCUCCCUCCACACUCCCCAGAAAUAGUCCAACCAAGAGAGUCGAUGUCCCCACCACUCCUGGGGUCCCAAUGACUUCUCUGGAAAGACAAAGGGGUUAUCACAAAAACUCCUCGCAGAGGCACUCUAUAUCUGCUGUGCCCAAAAACUUAAACUCACCCAAUGGUGUUUUAUUAUCCAGACAGCCGAGUAUGAACCGUGGGGGAUAUACGGCCACCCCCACAGGGGGGAAGGUGGACUAUAUUCAGGGGACACCAGUGAGUGUCCAUCUGCAGCCCUCCCUCUCCAGACAGAGCAGUUACACCAGUAACGGCACCCUCCCGAGGACGGGACUAAAGAGGACACCAUCCUUAAAACCUGACGUGCCGCCAAAGCCUUCCUUUGUUCCUCAGACCACAUCCGUCAGACCACUGAACAAAUACACUUACUAGGGCCUCAAGUGUGCUAUCCCCGUGUGGCUUUAUCCUGUCCCUGCUGUUGAAAGGAAGCUGUGAGGGUACCUUAAGACAAGAUACCUGCUUGUAUUUUAGGAGAGACAAGUAGCCAAAGAAACUCUGUAACUUUGGUAACAUCAGAACUUGGCAGAUGGAGCUACCCCAGCAAGGCUUCUGUGUGCUUGCCUGAAUCAAAGGGAGGUGCUGGUCAUUCCAUUUCUUUUGUUUGGAGCUGAAGGGGUGUGUAGCCCGGAAGGGUUCCCUUCAGCAGCGUAAAGAGUUGAUACAGUACUCAGAAGACUGAACAAAUACUUGAAAAUGGGUUCAAUUUAGACUGCCAUUAUUGUGGUCUUCCCAUUAAAUGUGAACAUUUUAAUAUGUAUGCAUUCACCUUGCCUCUUGCACAAAUGUCAAAAUGGAAAGAUGGGAAUGUCUCAGAACAAAACGAGCUUGUAGAUUACCAAGGAGUUUGCUAAAAAUUCAAUCUUUGACCCAAACUGUAGCAGUUUUUUUCAUGUGUGGCACUGUUCCUUUUUUUUUUUUAUUGCCACCAACAAACUGUGUUAAGAGAUGUGUAUGUGUGUGUAUGUGUGUGUGUGUGUGUGAGAGAGAGAGAGAGAGAGAGAGAGAGAGAGAGAUGUACCCAUUAGGAUUUAUUUAGGUGCCCAUUGCAUCUUUUUAUACUAUGGAGUUGUUUACACUAAGCAUGACUGAAAAAGAACUAACUUCCUCCCACCAGUCCAUUGUGUUCAGCUCCAAUAAAGGAAUAGUCAAGGCUUCUUUGACCGUCAACUGAGUAACGUAACCUAUGUGGUACCCAAUGUCAGAACAUUUUAAGAGUUAUAAGUAACUUUGUGCUGCUAUCUCAUCAGAACUUCUGUUCCAGCCUUGCCAGCUUAAGAAGUUAGAGAAAUUAAGAGAUAUCCUUGAUGUAUCUACCAGUAUUCAGUAGUAAUUUACCUGUCCACUGUGAAUCAAAGCCUGAGGCACGCUAUUUAACCUUGGACACACAAGUGUUUUUCUUUUUCUUUCUUUUUUUUAUUUUUUGACUGUAUUGUUUUAUUUAAUUUCCCACAUAGUACAAAUUUUCUUCUGUCAACCCUUCCUGCCCGCCCCCUCAAGGCAAGAGAAAAACACAACAGAGGACAAAAGAAAGAGAAGAGGAAUUACAAUAGGCUUAGCAGGGGAAGGUCUGAACAGCUGUCAGUGGUGGUGCCGUCUAGGCCUGCUCUCUGAGGACUCUUCCCUCGAGUCACGCAGGCAAUGACAGUGAACUGUAAGUAUCACAUGUGAGUUUACCUGAAUCUGUGCAUUUUGUGCCUUAUUCACGAGAGUGGUAGAGGUUCUGCAAUAGGUCGAGGAUUUCCACUAGAGCGCAUCAUUUCCCAUGUGCCAGUUGUAAAUGUUUUUCAGCCAGCACCUGAAGACUUCUCACAGUCAUACAGCAACCUAGAGCGAUUUGUUGAACAACCCUCCCCCCUUCACCCCCAGGAUCAGAAGCAGCAUCCGCCCUUGCCGUGAUAAACAUUCCACCCCUGCUCUUCUGAUAAUGCGAAGUGAGAUGAGGGUUCCCAGGGAACGUGGCACCUGCGGAAACCAUGCCUAGGGUCAUUUCUCCGUAGCUUGGCAGGGCCCACUGAUGGCUGAUGGUGUGUAGCCUAACACCAACUUUGGUUAACCCAUGCACAUCGCCCAGUCAUUGACCCAGCCUACUCUAGAAAGUACCACAGCCAGGGAAGGCUCCUGACCCAGCCAGGUAAAGUUCAAGUGAGACCUUGGGACAAUGACUAUGGUAUGUGUUGCUUGCGGGAGGAUGGGGUGCGAACCACCAGAUAAUUUUUUAUACAGAAUGUAGAGUACCGAUGCACUUGGUCUUUUCCUUCAAGAACUUUCUUUUCUAUGGGAAAAAAAAAAAAUGAUUCCCCGCGAUCUCUUGGAAGCUCAAAAGCUGAAACCCCUGUUUUCAAACCACUUCAGCUUUGCAACUAAAAUAUUACAGUUUAAUCAAUUAAACCAACCAACAGUAAGCACUACGCAUCUGCCACCAAGAGCGGGUUUGCAUUUACCUUACCAAUAUUAACCCCAGCGUGGUAACUCUGUGUGACCCCCAUAACAUGUUAUAACAUUGUGCUGCCUUAGAGUCUGUACUGUGAGUUCUAUCAGUAUUUAUGUUGAAAUUUCUAACAUGGAUUCUAGUCUCUGUUAAUUUAAUUUUAAAUGCUUUAUCCAUUUGUGCAAAGGUAAACACAGAUUGUAUCUUUUUUAAUGGUACGGCAUAAAAAAAAAAAAAAAUAACCCUAAAGUGAAGUGGCUCUAUACUGUUUUUAUAGAGUACUUUAACGUGUAUAGAUAUCUUGUAAACUUGUAUUGUGGAUGUGUAAAUAAUAUGUACUUUGGGUUUUUAACACCGCAUGUAAAGUCAAAAUAAAAUAUCCAAGUCAUUA